AUGGGUUCUCAAUUUUCCCGCCAGCCUCGCGAAAACAGCGACGACAUCUCGGUGCUCUUCGGGCCAAAGAUCAGAAAUAACUCGGCUGCUCAACGCAACUCGACCAUCCCAUAUUACGAGGACGGCAAUGCUCAGCUGGUAAGAGAAGAAGGGAGAGAGGGUAAAACUGUAAGUUGGAAGAGGGUUCUGCGGAAACUAGAAGUUCAAAAUCAAACCCAUGAAAUGUGGCACGCACAAUGUUUCCGAGAAAGUGUGUCUUGUUCUGGAAUUAAUAGCGUCUCACCCCGGCUGCAAAGAACACAUUUUUGACGUCUAGACUUUACAAUUGUGGGCUUUAUGGGGAGCGGUGGCCGACGGGUGUCUUAAUAGAUUUUGGGGCCUGAUUCAUUUCGUGUUAUUUCAAUUUCUUUAACAGUCUUUCUCAAUUGUUUUCCGCAUAAAAAAAGCCAUAAUAGUCAAUUGGUAACUACAACUGCGAAAAGUUGACGAGCCUAAUAAUGAAGCUCAUUGUAUUAAUCAUCUUUUUCCGUUUCUACUUUUGUUUUUCUACUACGUUUUUGCACGAAUUGGGGAAUAACCGUCCUUGCUAUGUUUUUGUAGACAGCUACAAUAUUUGGUGCGAGCAGACAGUCCUUUAUUAUUUGGCUAGACAGUUUUUCGGCGACAAAUGUCGUGUUUUUGUUGUUGGAGUGGACAAUUUCAGUGUGUUCACUGAUCUUUAAGAAUUUUCCAAAGAAAAGGGUUCUCUUGAAAGCGGCUAUAUUAUGAAUAGGCAGUUCCACUCUGUUCAUUUUCCUUCAUUCAGGUGAAUGAGGCGGUCGUGGGUCUCUCGCUGAACCCUCAUGCGUUGCCUGUAUAUGGAAGCGGUGAACAGAAGUCACUCGUUGAGCGUGCUGUUAAUACUGUCAGCAUGGAGCAGGUCAGACGCUUCAAAAGAGCCGUCCGUGAGGACUUUAUGAGAAGAAAGAUGUUGAGAAGAAAACAAACGAAGAAGACCCGUACCACUAAGAUCUUAGAGUGGAUGUUCCCGAAGUUGUUCGGGGUGGAGAAGUUUCCUCUGAUCAAAACAACCGGACUGAACACUGAGCAAAAUGAGAUGCUCAGCAAGGUCAUCCACAAAGUGACCCAGCCAAGCAAGAACUACUCUUUCAAACUGAAAGGAGGGGUAAGGGCUCACAUAACUGAUUCUUUGAGAGAUUUUUUUCAUUUUUUUAGUCGCCGCUCAAACCGUUUUUGAUGGUUCAUCAGACCAACGAGAUCGAGAUCAUGAAAUUCUUUGGAAGCUCCCGUCUGAACCCCGAGAUUUCGGAUUGCAAGGACGUCGAUGGCGUCGGCCACAUGCAAGUGGAUGAAAUGGUCAAAGACUUCCUCUAUGAGCUGUCUCUAGAAGAAAGCCGACGCAGAAAGUCCUUGUAUGAGAAAGAACACGUAAUAGGCCUAGGUUAUCAGAUAUGACAUCAGUUUUCUUAUUUCAGAAGAGUCUCACGUUGAAACAAGCGUACAUCCAGGCUUCCGAAGGGGUAACUGAUGGGUGUUGUGCUUCAAAACGUUCUACUAUCACAUUUUCAGUCGUUCGCCAACAGAAAGAACUUCAAAAUGUCGGAAGUCGUCGCGGUGAUGCAUCGUAACCUCGCCCGCAUCCACACGAUCCCAGUGGUCAACUGCCGUGAACCAGUCAUUGGAGUUCCGUUCAGCGGCUACUUCAAGGAUAUCGUCGAUCUGCCGGAGUACCCCAUCGACUUGUUCCGCGUGAUGAACCAGUAUCUGGAUACUUUCGGAAUCCAGAUUAUCGACUUGAGAUGCCGUGCGGAGGAUAUUCCGGGCAUUAAGGUAAGCUAUGAGCGAGGAGAGAAAGAGAGAGAGAGAGAGAGAAAGGGAGAGAGGGAAGAGAAGUAAGACAUCUGUACAAUCUAAUUUUUUAUUUUUCAGCCGGAACGCUUGGAUGACUUCACCGUUGCUCUCGAAGUAACUCAUGCGGUACAUUGCAAUAAAUCAUGCACAAUUGAUGAACUGUUCGUUUCAGAUUGUUCGCUCUGCGGAUGCUCUUUAUUCCAUCCGCCACACCGCAAAAUACUUCAUCGUUUACGCCUUCUUCUCAUUGUGAGCAACCUUUCAUCCAUAUUUACCCAUGAGCAUCCGUUUUUUGUUCAGCCAAUGGCCAUUCCGUUUCUUCCAAUGCGUCGUCCGCUUCAAGCCAGAUCGGACCAUUCAGCAAAGAAACUGGGAGAUCAUGGACGGCUCCCGCAUUGAAGUCUUCGAGCCGCCACUCCGCCGUUCCAUCAACCGGGAGAGCCAAAAUCCGUGCUGGCAACGUCUGCGCGCGGCUCGUCUGCUCCGGAAGGAAAAGAUGGAGUUGAGACAGUACACACGAUCGGCGUUGCUGCAGCAUGAGAAGGAAAUGGAGGAGCAGAGAAAAGCGAAGGAAGCGGAGCGCGAGGCUCAGAAAGCUCUGCGGCCGAAGAAACGGUUCUGGUGGUUCUAG